CGCGCGCAAGCAUGGCUGACGCCGGGAACAUCGAGUGCUGGUUCGGGCUGCACGUCGGCAGUGGUAUAUAGUCAGCAAUCGAGCAUGCUUUGGCUAAUCCACACCGCUCUCGUCCUCAUCCUAUCCGACUCCGCCGCGUCCUGCUCUGGAUCCACAGCCACAACCGGCGACCAGCGGGACGUGCAGGUGACGCAAUACGGACUGCACGGGACGCGAUCCACCACCACAUCCGGCGUCCAGCAGGACGUGCAUGUGCCGCAGUAUUUACUGGACAUCCUGAUCACUGCGCCGGUGCCAGUGAUUGUGGGCGGGAGAAAGCAUAAACCGGCGCCGGCGGACCUGGCCUACCAGUUUCUACCAGCGCGACUCCACAGCCUACUGCCAGGAGAUGGCGCGGUGUCCGGGCGCACUACGCGGCCAAGUGCCGCUGCCGGAGGACCGCAGCUUCUCCGGCUACGUCUGUCCCCCCGCGCCCUUCACCCGCCUCCCGUACUACGCUAGAAGCGGCAUCGCCACUGCCGGUUUCGCCGAGCGGCUGCGGCCGUCCACACCGGGGGCGACCGCCGUCGCCGCGGACCUGAGCUUCGUCUGCCACUUCUACAUCCACCGGACGCCGGACCGGCAGUCCUUCAGCUGCGCGGACCCCACCAACUGCCGCAUCCAGGGCCUGCACGGGACGCCCGGUGCGCCUACGGCUUGUCCUGGUCCGGCGCCUGGACCGGUGAUCUGCAGUUAG